AUGGGGGUAGUGGGGAAUCCAGCCCCCAUCCUGCCCAGCAGUGAUUCGGUGGAGAAAGGAGAGGCUGCUGCAGCUAAGGGGGGGAAUCCAGUACCUGGAGAUUGCGGGGAGGAAAGGUCCUGUGUUGACUUUGAAGAGUACAGAUGCAUCAUGGCGAUGAUGUUUGCUGUCAAUGAGAUUAAUCUGGACCCCGAUCUUCUGCCCAAUAUUACCCUGGGCUAUCAUAUAUUUAGUACUUGUAAUGAUCCAAAGAAAACGUUGGGAUAUGCCGCAAAGAUAUUGUCUGGAAUAAAUGAAGCUCCCAACUAUUACUGUAAGAGACAUGGAGAAGUGGCCGGUUUUAUUGGUGACACUACUUUUCUUUCAAAUCAAGCGCUGGCCCAGUUACUUAGUCUGUAUCGGUAUACACAGAUCAAUUAUCAAGUCACCGACCCUUUCCUGAGUGAUGGGAAAAUAUAUCCAACUUUAUUCCGUAUGACUCCAGACGAUCGGGUCCGUUUUGCAGCUAUUAUAAAGCUUUUGCAGCAUUUUGGAUGGAACUGGGUUGGAAUAAUGACAUCAAGGGACAGCGGCGGUGAUGAGGAGGCCCAAGAACUGAGUAAGAUGAUGAGAGAACACGGGAUCUGCACAGAAUAUAUCAUUCAGACCUGUUUAGGUGUUGAACAUAAUGUUCACAAAGUGAGGAUUAUUAGAGAAUCAGCAGCUAAGGUCGUCAUAGUGUGUGGAACGUUUUCAAAAGACUUACUUAGUUUUUCUCGUCGUAUACCGUCUGUUAUCAACAAGAUCACAUUUAUUCUCCCACAAUCAUGGGUUAAACUCUCUUCGCAUUUCUUUGACAAUACACCAAUUAACUGCAGCUUCUUAUUUCUAUGGCCAGAAAAAGGAAACAUAAACAUCAAUAUGCAUGGCGAUGGUGUCAACUUCUCCAGCUGCUUAGAUGACCCCUUACUGGAAGAUUUUUGGAUUUAUGGAUUUCGCUGCCUUUCUCCAAACCUACGCAAAAAUGACUAUUUCCAAACACACUUUAAAGAUUCCGCAAAACCUUGUACCCAUGUGAAAGAUUUAUCAUUAUUAUUUCAUGGAUAUACAGCUCUGCCCUCAUUUGUGUACACGGCUGUAUAUAUUCUGGCCAAUGCUCUACAUUUUAUGUACAUGAAGAAAAAUACAUCAGAACAAAAUGGAUUCCAGCACAGGAUCCCGGUAUCUCGAUGUUCAGAUCCCUGUUUACCCGGCAACAGAAAAAAGUUUGGAUCUUCAAUUCAUAUAUGUUGCUAUGAGUGCGUCUCGUGUCCAGAAGGAGAGAUCUCCAACAUUUCCGACAGUGAAAACUGCAUGAAAUGUCCUGAUGAAGAAUGGCCAAAUGAGAAGAAGGAUCGGUGUGUUCCAAGAGUGAUGGAAUUUCUCUCCUACACUGAUGAUCCCAUUGUUGGAGUAUUUUCAGCUGUCUCCAUCCUCUGUUGUCUUCUGACUGGUUUAAUAUUGGGGAUAUUUAUACAUUACCGGGACACCCCCAUUGUUAAAGCCAAUAACCGGGACCUGAGCUAUCUUCUCCUGGUCUCCAUCAUGCUGAGCUUCCUCUGUGUCUUCUUGUUCCUCGGCCAUCUAGUAGAUGUGACCUGCAUGCUGCGUGUCACCUCUUUUGGUGUCAUCUUCUCAGUUGCCGUCUCUUCUCUACUUGCCAAAAGUAUCAUGGUGUGUAUUGCUUUUAAAGCCACCAAACCUGGGAGUCCCUGGAGGAAAUGGAUGGGAGCCAAACUGCCCAAUUUUAUCAUUUGUGUCUUUUCACUGGUCCAAGUCAUAAUCUGUGUCACUUGGUUGUCUAUUUCUCCCCCCUUUCAGGAUCGGGACACUCACUCUUAUCAGGGGAAGAUCAUCAUUCAGUGUAAUGAGGGUUCAGUUAUCGGCUUCUACUCUGUCCUGGGAUAUAUGGGGCUUCUGGCAACUGUGAGUUUCAUUAUCGCUUUUUUAGCCAGGACAUUACCGGACAGUUUUAAUGAGGCCAAGUACAUCACCUUCAGCAUGCUGGUGUUCUGCAGUGUUUGGAUUGCCAUGAUCCCGGCCUAUAUGAGCACCAGAGGGAAAUACAUGGUGGCUGUGGAGGUUUUUGCUAUAAUGGCCUCAAGUUCUGGACUUCUUGGCUGUAUAUUUUUCCCAAAAUGUUACAUAAUUCUGUUCAGACCUGACCUGAAUACAAAAGCAGCUAUCCACUAAUAUGUAUGGAGGAACACUGGGUUACUAGUAGUCAUAGCAUUAUCUCUAUUACUGGUAGGGAUGAGCCGA